CACACACACACACACACACACACCUGAUCAAUUCGGAUUGGGUCUUUUUUUUCCCCUUCUCCCGCAUAAAGACGGAUCAUUAUCCACCCACCUCAAUUUUGAUUUGACGAACGCCCUGGGUCACGAUAACGUCAACCAGUCAGCCUAUAUAAGAAGCAGAAAGUUUUCCAAACACCCAUCAAAACGAAAAGUCGGCCUCUGAUCAACAACAGACGAGAAAAGUGCCGUAUUCCUUUGCGUAAAAAGUGCCAAGACGGUUCAAGACAUGGAGAGGUCAGUCAGAUUUGCCGUGGUGUGCGUCGGAGUGUCUCUGCUCAUCUCCUGCCAUCCAGUCGAAGCCUGGUACAAGCAGUCGACCGGGCCCAGUUACUAUUCGGUGGGUCGUGCCUCCGGUUUGCUGUCCGGUAUCAGGAGGUCGCCUUACGUCCGGAGGUCCGAGUCCGAAGAGACGCUGAUGGACAGCGGGGAGACAGUAGGUAAUAGCGUGCUUCAAGAGACUAACAGGCAGAUCUCCAUCCUCAAAAACAUGGCCAUCUGCGUGAAAGACAUCUCUCCAAACCUGAAGAGCUGCGAGCUGCUGCGGGACGGGACAGGCACCUUCCAGUGCAAGGCGGACGUCUUCCUCACUCUGGACUCCCUGGACUGCCUGUCUGCGUGAGUCCCGGUCCUCCACCGAGCCCCGGGAGCGGAAAAGAUUGGAUGCGUGCGUGCGUGCGUGUGUGUUUGGAGGGGAAUGGUGAUGGCGCGGAGAAAAACCUGAUCACUGUCGACGAUGGACUGCUGCAGACUCUGAAUGUUCUUAUUUUAAAAAAGAAAAUAAAAAAACUCAAACGUUGUUUUGUUUUUACUUUGAUUAUGUAGACAGGAGUAUAAAAGUAACAAAAUAA